AUGGAAGAAGAGCUCAAGUUAUUCAUCAUAAUAUGGGUUUUAGCUAUGGUCUUAGUAUCUUAUUGUUACUACUUAUCAACUAGAAUCAAAUCUGGCAUUUUCAGAUUAAUAUCUGUUCUUCCCGUUUAUGCUAUAUUCCUUGUUUUCCCUUUCUUCUUCUCCUCUCUGCAUAUGUCCUUCAUCAUAUCCCUAUUCCUCGGAGGGAUUGCCAAUUUAAAGCUCAUCCUCUUCUCUUUUGACCAAGGUCCUCUUUUCCCAAUUCCUAGUUGUCUCUCUCAUUUUAUCUGCUUCACUUGCUUCCCUAUCAAGCUUCAACGAAACCCGAAAAUUCAAAACCCUUUCUCCAAGUCUAAUUUUGUUACUAAAGUUGCCAUCUAUGGCAUGUUACUAUAUUGGUGUGGUUACAAACAUAAGGUGCCUCCGGUCUUUUUAUUUUUUCACUAUUCUCUUCAAUUAUACUUGGAGCAUGAAAUUAUCUUAACCCUAGUCAGACUUCUUGUGUCUGUUGCUCUUGGAUGCAAUCUUGAGCCAAACUUUAAUGAACCGUACUUAGCUACAUCUCUUCAGGACUUCUGGAGUAAUCGGUGGAACCUCAUGGUCCCGGCACUUCUUAAGCCGGCUAUAUACAUCCCCGUGAGGCGGCUUUGCAAUGGCCGAAUGAGCUCCGAUCAUGCUAGGUUUUUGGCGGUUUUGAUGACGUUUAUCGUCUCCGGUGUGGCACAUGAGGUGUUCUUCUUCAGUUUAACGUUUGAGAUUCCUACAGGGGAAGUCACUUCGUUCUUCGUGUUACAUGGAGUUUGCACUGCCGCGGAAGUAGCGGUGAAGAGGACGAGUUUGGCGCGGCGGUGGAGGAUGAGUCCGAUGGUUUCACGACUUCUGACGGUAGGGUUUGUGGUAGUGACGGGUGGUUUGUUGUUUUUCCCUCAGCUUAUAAGGAGUGGAGUCAUGGAGACACGAGCCAAUGAAAUGUUGUCGCUCAUUAAAUUCUUGAACCGCAAGUCUUGUAUCUUCCGUUGA